CUUAUGUUGAGACUUGCUAGUGUAGCGCGCACAGCUGCCUUGCAGCCAGUAUGUGAUUUCAGUGUUCAUUCAUGGCUAGCGCUUUCAUUGUCCCUAACGGUUUCUUACUCAUCAGCGCCAUAUGAUUCAACGAUCGUUUGCAUCAGCGUCGAACAAGAUCAAAAUCGUAGAGGUUGGACCCAGAGACGGUCUUCAGAAUGAAAAGCAAAUCAUCCCGUCCGAAGUUAAGAUAGAACUCAUCAACAAGCUCUCCAACGUUGGAUUGACGGCUAUUGAGGCCACUAGCUUUGUUAGCCCAAAAUGGGUCCCUCAAAUGGCUGAUGCCCGCGAAGUCUUGACAUCGAUCACUCAAAAGCCCAACAUCUCAUAUCCUGUUUUAGCUCCCAACCUCAAGGGAUUGGAAGCAGCCAUCGAUGCUGGUGCCAAGGAAGUGGCUAUUUUCUGCGCAGCAAGCGAGACUUUCAACAAGAAAAACACCAAUUGUACUUUGGAGGAGUCUCUGGAGCGUGUAAAGGCUAUCAUGGAUGUAGCUCGUGAAAAGGACGUACAGAUUCGAGGAUACAUCUCGUGUGUUGUUGGUUGUCCAUAUGAAGGUCCAGUAUCACCCAAAAUCGUCGCCGAUAUCUCCAAACGUCUUCUUGAUAUGGGAUGCUAUGAAAUUAGUUUAGGCGAUACUAUUGGUGUGGGAACUCCCGGCGCUAUUGCGAAAAUGCUGGACGAGGUUCUCAAGGUUGCGCCAGCCGAUAAAUUCGCUGUUCAUACCCACGAUACCUAUGGUCAGGCGCUGGCCAACAUUCUGUGCUCUUUGGACUACGGUAUUCGAACAUUCGACUCAUCCAUCGCUGGUCUUGGAGGAUGCCCUUAUGCCCCUGGAGCCAAGGGUAAUGUCGCCACUGAAGAUGUGGUCUAUAUGUUGCAUGGAUCGGGGUACGAUACCGGUAUCGAUCUUAAGGAAUUGAUUCAUAUUGGCGACUGGAUUAGCCAGAAGCUCGGUCGUCCAACUGGUUCAAGAGCUGGCUCUGCCUUAAUGCUUGCUGCACGUCGUCAACAGCAGGAAAAGGCGAAGUUGUAGCUGUUGUUGAAUGGAAAAGUAAUAAAAUGAGCAAAAAGCAUAAAUUUUUACACUGCCCCUUU